CUAAAAUGGAGGAGAAUAUUGAAAAUAAUCUUCCAAAGAUUAAUGAGAUCAUUAAAUAAAAAUGUGAAGAGAGAGAAAAACAAAUUUAAUAAGAAGUUAAAACUCAUUUAGAAAAUUAUCAAAAGGAAUGUUAAAAAUUGAUAAAUGAGAUAUAAACUAAACAUCAUAAGAUAGUAGAAGAACAUAAUUAAUUACUUGCCAGUAAUAAGAAUAAUUUAGAAUAAAAGAUUAAAGAUGCCAAGAAUAAAGUUAUUCAAGAAAAAGGAAAGGUAUCCAAAAUGAUAAAAGAAUAAAUGAUUUAAACAUUGGAAGAAUUUAAAAAAUUUAAUCAAGAAAUUGAUAAAAAAGUAAAAGGAUUAGAAAAAGAUUUAGAAUUAGAAAAAUAAUAAAAGAUGAAAGAAAUGGAGUAAAUAAAAAAAAAUGAAGAAGAAAAAUAAAAAGAGAUUACUAAGAAAUUAGAAGAACAAUCUAAAAAAUUGAUUUAAGAUUUAGAGGUGUAAAAGAAAUAAUAUUACGAUUUGACAGAAAAAUUAAAAGCUUUACAAGAUGAUUUAAAUAAAACUAAAUUCGAAUCAUUUAACAAGGAAAAGUCUAAUUAAAAUUUUAUUAAAGAAAAAGCCCUAUUACAAUCAAAUAUUGAAUAAUUAAAGAUAGAAUUUGAUAGAGUAAAAUUAGAAUUAUAAAAUAAAAACAAAGAUUAUGAAAAUUAACUUGAAUUAAAAAAUAAAAAAUUAUUAGAAUUAAAUGACAAAAUUGAAAAAAGUUAGAAUUUAAUACAUAAUUAGUAUAUAAUAAUGUCAUAAAAAAACAAUGAAAGUAUUUAAUAAUUUAAAGAACAUUCUGAAUAAUUAGCUUCUUAAUUAGCUUCUUAAGAAGCUUCGUAUUAAAAUAUAAUUAAAAGACUUAUGAGUGAAAAAGAAUAAUUAUCAAAUUAAUUAACAGAUUUCACAAUUAAAGAAAUGUAAUAAAACGAAUAAAAAUAAUAGGCAGCUAUGAAAGAAUCUUUACAAACUUUCUAAGAGAUAAAAAAUACUUUUAUGAAAGAUUAAAAUUGGGAUUAGAUUGAAUAAUAAAUUAAUUCAUAUUAAGCAAAGGUUUCAGAAUUAGAAAAAGAAAAAGAGAAUUUGGUUAAAUAAACUUAAUCUCAAAAAUAAGCAGUUGACUUAAGCUAAGAAUAAUCUAAAAAAUAUGAAAAUGAUUUGAAGAAAUAAUAAUAAGGUAUUUUGAAAUGCAAGUAGAAAUAUGAAGAAUGCUAAUAAGAAUUAAAAAAAUGUUAAUCAUAAAUUUAAAAUAAAAUAAAUGAGAUUGAUUUAAAAGCUUAGUAAGAGAAUAAAACUUAACAAGUACUCUCAAAGUAUAAACAAUAAUUAUAAAAAUUGAAAGAGAACUUUGAUAAUUAAUCUAAAGAAUUAGAAUUACAAAAAUGUAAAUUUGAAGAUUUAACAUAAAAAUAUUAAUAAGAAUAAGAAAAGAGCUAAAAAUUAUAAGAAGAAAUCCAAAAUGAGAAAAAGAAAAGAAACGAUGAAAUUGAGAAAAGUAAGAGGCAAUUAGAGGAAAAAAAUAGGGAAAUUGAAAUGUAUUAUAAUCAUUAUUAAUAUUAAUAGAUUAGAAUCAUAAAUUCAAUCAAAAAUAAAUGAAAGUACAAAAAACAUGGCCUAAAAAGAGAUGGAGAAAAUAUAAAAUCCUUCAAGUAUACAUAUUAAGUUUAAAUUAUAGAUGAUCUUUAGCUAAGAAUAGAAAGAAUCAAGGAUGCUUUAAAAAAUUAUUAAGAAUCAAUAACAACAAGUUUUUCUUUGAAAUGUAAUUUAUAUUUAAAUAAUUAGAAACCUUAUUAUAAUAAAUUAAUGGUGUUGAUUCGUAAGCCUAGUUGUGUCAAGGGGGAAUGGCAAUAGCAGUAUGA